UACAAUUAAACUUAUUAAUGGGUCCUAAGUCUUCCAAAGAUAAACCAUAAGAACCUUAAAAAAAACAACCAAAAUAAGCUCAAAUGAAAUAAUAAAAUAUGAAAAAAAAACCAAGUUAAAUGGAUGAAGAUGUAAUAGAGUAGUAUUUAUAAUAGAUAUGGAUGUAUGAUUUGAUUUUAUAAUAUUUGGCCUCGCCUAUAUGGAGAAAUCCAAUAUCAGAUUUUUUAGAUGAAAAUUGCAUCAUAUUUGAUGAUGAAGAAGAAAACAAAAUCGUUUAUCAAGAAAUUCACAAGGUUAUAUAGUAUUAAUAGACUAGAAAUUUAAAAGUAUGAUAGAAGCUAUGAUUGAAUAAUUGAUGGUUGAUAUAGGGGUUGAAGAUGAAGAACAAUUAAGAAAAGUUAUAGAAAUGGGAUUGAAAAAUAAAAAACAUAAAAAGUAUUUUGAAUAAUUGCUGAUUGUUGAGAAUUUCUUAGUAUUUAAAAAGUUGAUGUUGAAAAGAAAUAAAGAAUUAGAAUAUGAAGCACUGAAGGAAUUAUAGAAAAUAGAUGUAAAUAUAUCAUUAAUAAAAGGGUGGAAAAAAUCCUGAUAUGGAAAUCAAAGUAAAAUAAGCUGAACUUGAGAAAGAAAGAAUGGAAAUUGAACAUGCUGUAGCAAUGUCAAUUGCUGUUGAAAAUGAAAAAGCUAAAAUUUAAAUUUAAGAAGAAGAGGAGUUUAUUGAAGCCAUAAAAUAAAGUUAGAUAUUAUACGAAAAAUAAUAGUGUAUAUAUUUUUAUUUUAUUUUAAUUAGAAGAAAUUUUAUAAAGUUAAAAAUAAUAAUAGUCAUAGGUUGUGAAUCAUUAAGCUCCAAUUUAAAAUUAAUAACCAUAGUCUUAACCUGAUUAAAAGGCUGAAUCAGUUUUAAUUUUUGAUGAUGAAGUACAAAAUGAAAAAGAACAACCAUAAUCUAUUCCUUAAUAAUAAAAUAAAUAAAAUAAAAAUGAAAAGACAUAACCAGAAUAAAUUAGAUAAAAAGAUCCUCUACCAUAAAUAGUUUAAUAAAAAGUUGAAGUUAUGUCUUUAGCUCAAGAAAGAGAAGCCUUGUUAGCUUAAGGGAAUGAAUUAAAGUAAAAUUUGAAAGAAUUUGUAAUUUUAAAAAUUUAUGGGUUAGGAAGAAUCUUAUAAAUAAAACAUCAAAAAUUAGUAAGAUUAAGAAACUUUAGAAUAAAGAAAAUAAAGAUUAUAAUAAUAGAGAGAAUUAAUUAAAUAAAAAAAGAUUAAGGAGAGAUAAGAUGAAUUGAAGAAAUAUUAAGAAGUAUUCUAAUUAAUUAUAAAUCUAGGGAGGGGAAUAACAAGAGUAAAAGCCAGAAUAAUAGGAAAAAGGCCCUUUAGUAGUAGAUAUGGUAAAAUAAUUAAUAUUAUAUAAUAGACAGAAUUUAUAGUGGAUUAAAAGAGAGCUUAAGAAUUAGAAUUGAAGAAAUAAGAAUUAAAGAAGAGAGCAGAAUUAUUGAAGAAAAUUAAAUAAGAUCAAUUACAAGAAUAAGGAUGA